UGUAUGUCCGAAGAUACUCGAUGGCCACACAAGGUGCACGAGGUGUAACAAUAACCAAUCCGCUCGUUCUAUAUCGAGCUCUUCUGGCAACAAAUCGUAUCAGACCUGAUCCGGCGCAGCAUCGGCUAGCAAUUCAUUUACAAAAACUAUACGACUCACUCAAAGAUUAUGAACCGACCACAGAGUAUAGUCAUCGGCUACAACAGAUUAGCCGCGCGGUUGGCCAGGACCGUGCCAAGAGCUUGGAUAGUGGAUCUAUCUGGUCUUCCGUUUUGUCUCGAAAAGAGAAGAAUAACCUAGCUUUGACGCGAGUAUUUACAAGCCAUGAAGAAGCGCUGCAUCUGGAUUCACCGAAAGGCUUGUUGCUCCACGGCGAGGUUGGCACCGGGAAGUCGCUUCUCAUUGAUCUCUUCGCUGAAAGCCUCCCGAAUCGAAAAAAGAAACGGGUUCAUUUCUCCAUCUUCAUGUUGGAGGUGUUAGCGCAGUUGGAGCAGCUAAGGCGAAGACGGAGCGUUGGCAAGGGACUUGACGACGAGCACUCGCUCCUGUGGCUUGCCCGAGACAUGAUCCAAAACUCUCCUAUCUUAUUCGUGGAUGAGUUCCAACUACCGGAUAGGGCCUCAAGCAAGAUCUUGGCAAACCUCCUGACGCCAUUUUUCCAGCUCGGCGGUGUCCUGAUUGCUACCAGCAACCGCAUGCCUGAGGAGUUGGCCAAGGCUUCUGGUGUGGAGUUUGCACCGCCGCCGUCAGCGUUAGAUUCGCUGCGGUGGAGGUUCGGGUUGAGAGGGCGUGGCAACAUGCUUGGCGGUAAAGGCGAUUUCGGUCCCUUUCUGGAAGUGCUCAAAGCAAGGUGCGAGGUGUGGGAGUUGGGGAGCGGAAGGGACUAUCGUCGGGAAAGCGAUGCUGAUGUCACUGUUUCUGCAGCGAGUGAAGCGGCCAGGGAAGCCGCAGGCGAGGCCUGCACAGCGGGUCCCGGCAUCUGGCUUCCUGACCUGGCUGAGCCCGCCCCCUCCAAAUCAAACACUCUCCCGAAGAAAUACUAUGUCAAGCCAUCCCCGACCGCGCCAGCCUCUGACCACGAGACAUGGCUGAAAAACUUCCACGAAGCCGAGCGCCAGGCUACCGGCCAAGCCCUUCCGACGCCGUGGGCACCCAGCGUUAUGCGAGUUUUUGGUCGGCAGGUGCAUGUACCCCGCCAGUCUCAAGGGGUUACUCUGUGGACUUUCAGUGAGCUCUGCAACACGCAUCAGCUCGGACCCGCCGACUACAUCACUCUGGCCUCGACAUUUCACACAUUGAUUCUUACCGAUGUCCCCGUCCUCACAUUGCUCCAAAAGAAUGAAGCCCGACGAUUCAUAACACUGCUUGACGCAUUGUAUGAGGCACGAUGUAAGCUCAUCAUCACCGCGGCCGGAGGUCCAGAUGAUAUCUUUUUCCCAGAGGCACAGCGCCCUGCCACUGAGGGUGCCGAGAAGGAGCAGGUCAAUGAGGAUGUCAUCCAUUCCGAGACCUUUGCAGAAGCAUACCAAGAUACAGUCGCACCGUUCCGCCCUAACAUCUCCAGCUACGAGGGGUCUGCAGAUGACAGGGAACCCGAGCCUGAUCUGACGCAUGCUCGACUUCAAGGAAUCCUAGCAGAGGAUGCUCUCGAGGACGAUCCACCCAACCGCGUGCGCCGCGGCAUUGCCUCAUCCAGCGAGGAGCCGCGUCAAGACAUUGGUGCCGCGCGACACGCGCCCAACUUCCAGCAGACGGGCGCCUUUACGGGCGAGGAUGAGCGCUUCGCGUACAAGCGUGCGAGGAGCAGACUGUGGGAGAUGUGCAGCAAUCGCUGGUGGGCACGCAAUGAAGAAGGAUGGUGGAGGCCUGUGGCGAAAGAAGUGCGGCGGUGGGAGAGUAGCGUUGCGGAGCGGGAGCGGGAGGCGCUCGUGAAUAGUCGGACAGAGGGCAUUGAUGCCAAGAUGGGUUCGGCGAGUGACAUAGACGAGAAGAAAGAUGAGGUGCUGUUUAGACAUGGGGCUAGUCCGUUCAGGACGCACUCUGAACCUCCUCCGAAGAUCAGCUGGGUUCAUAUAUGGGGGACUGGCGUGACUUGGGGAAAGAAAGCGGGUGCCUGGGGUGCUGGGAUCGCUGGUCUGGAGCAGAGGAAGAAAGAGAAGGAGGAAAGACAUGAGAAAGACAGCCCUUCGAAGUGAGUGAGCUUAGCAGGACGCUUGAAAUUGCUGCGUCCGAUAAUUUAUAUCUUGCG